AUGGAUCUGCACCAAAGCACUGCCAUCCCUUUCCUAGAGAAAUGGUGUUUGGAGAAGUCACUCUCUGGCUACAGGAGACAUUAUAAUGUCAGGAAAAAACUGAAGUUAAUUCGAAUCUUGGGCCUUCUCAUGGGCCUAGUCGCCAUUAGCACUGUCUCGUUUUCAAUCAGUGCCUUUUCUGAGAUGGAGACCCAGAGCACAGAAGAGGCCGUGGGGGCAAGUGGCUCUAGCGCCAUACACGGUUACCGUCAGAGAACUCUCUUAGAUUUAAAUGACGAGAUCCUGGAUUAUACUCCACAGCCCCCUCUUUCUCAGGAAGACACAUCUGAGAAUGCUACAGAUCAUGCCCAAGGAGACUACCCAAGAGACAUCUUUUCCCUCGAGGAGCGAAGAAGAGGCGCCAUCAUUCUGCAUGUCAUUGGAAUGAUCUACAUGUUCAUAGCCUUAGCCAUUGUCUGUGAUGAGUUCUUUGUUCCCUCUUUGACUGUCAUCACUGAGAAAUUGGGCAUAUCUGAUGAUGUGGCCGGAGCCACUUUUAUGGCUGCGGGGGGCUCUGCCCCUGAACUUUUCACAUCUCUCAUAGGGGUAUUUAUUGCUCACAGCAAUGUUGGCAUAGGCACAAUCGUGGGCUCAGCGGUGUUCAAUAUCCUCUUUGUCAUUGGCAUGUGUGCUCUGUUUUCUAGAGAAAUCUUAAACCUGACAUGGUGGCCGCUCUUUCGGGAUGUGUCCUUCUACAUCGUUGACUUGAUCAUGCUGAUCAUAUUUUUCCUGGAUAAUGUUAUCAUGUGGUGGGAAAGCUUGCUUCUCUUGACAGCUUACUUUGGUUAUGUGGUUUUCAUGAAAUUCAACGUCCAAGUAGAAAGAUGGGUGAAGCAAAUGAUAAACCGCAAUAAAGUCGUCAAGGUGACAGCUCCAGAGGCCCAAGCGAAGUCAUCUACAGCCAGGGACAAGGAUGAGCAGGCUCUACCGGCUAAGCCCCGUCUCCAACGAGGUGGAAGUUCUGCCUCCCUCCACAACAGUCUCAUGAGGAAUAGCAUUUUCCAGCUCAUGAUUCACACCCUUGACCCACUGGCUGAAGGAAGGUUCAGAGAAAAGGCUUCUAUUCUCCACAAGAUUGCCAAGAAGAAAUGCCAGGUGGAUGAGAAUGAGAGGCAGAACGGGGCUGCCAACCACGUGGAAAAAAUCGAGCUCCCAAACAGCACAAGCACGGAGGUUGAAAUGACACCGUCCAGCGAUGCUUCGGAACCUGUACAAAACGGAAGUCUGUCCCACACCAUUGAAGCUGCAGACGCCCAGGCAGGUGAAGAUGAGGACGACCAGCCUCUCAGCCUGGCCUGGCCUUCCAACCCCCGCAAGCAAGUCACGUUCCUCAUUGUGUUCCCCAUAGUGUUUCCCCUCUGGAUUACCUUACCUGACGUCCGCAAGCCGUCAUCAAGAAAGUUUUUUCCCAUCACAUUCUUUGGCUCCAUCACCUGGAUCGCUGUGUUCUCUUACUUGAUGGUCUGGUGGGCACACCAGGUUGGAGAGACCAUUGGCAUUAGUGAAGAGAUUAUGGGUCUGACCAUCUUAGCAGCUGGGACCUCCAUCCCUGAUCUUAUCACCAGUGUCAUAGUGGCCCGGAAGGGACUUGGAGACAUGGCUGUGUCCAGCUCUGUUGGAAGCAACAUUUUUGACAUCACUGUGGGGCUCCCACUGCCCUGGCUCCUGUACACCAUCAUUCACAGGUUCCAACCAGUGGCUGUCAGCAGCAAUGGCCUCUUCUGUGCCAUCGUCCUCCUCUUCAUCAUGCUGCUCUUCGUCAUCCUCUCCAUUGCUCUCUGCAAAUGGCGGAUGAACAAAGUGCUGGGCUUCAUCAUGUUCGGCCUCUACUUUGUGUUCCUGGUGAUCAGCGUCCUCCUAGAAGACAGAAUUCUUGUGUGCCCUGUCUCCAUUUAGUAGGAAAAGCCAUAUCUUGAACUAACAGCAUGGAUGGUCCCUCCCCACCCUGGGUUCUAGGCUCCUUGACCUCUCCAGAGGAGGCAGCUGGCACACACAGCCAUGGGCAUUUCAGAGCGUCCCUCCUUGGUGGAUUUGAGGAUGGAUGGAUUCACGCUGGGCCCACUCAUUUCACAAGCUGCUGCCAACCUUGCCUACUGAAACAGCUCCACACAAGAGACCAUGCAAGAACCGUCCAUUUGGGGCUUCUCUCCAUUUCACCACUGACAGGUACUCCUCGCUGGUCGGAGGUACAUUCAUUGUAACGAUGCAAACAAUGACAGAGGUUCUUUCUCUAUAUACGUACAAAAUAUACAAAUUUUAAAUAGAUGCACA